AUGAAGGCUGUGUGCUGUGUGGUGGUGGUGGUUUGGGUGAAUGGAAGUGGUAGUGAGAAGGGAGGGAGUGAGGUAGGAAGAGGUGCACUAGAUAGCGGCGAAUGCACAAAGAGCGAGGACAGACAGGGCCCUUGCAACCCGAGAAGGGUGGGCACCACGGUCUGCAGUGAGAAAGCAAAGCCGUUGGCGAGAGCGCCAGAAAAUUUCCAUGAGGAAAAGAAAGCGAAAAGGCAGAAAGUCGACUCUUUCGAUUGCGGUGGCGUUGUGUAUGGCACUACUGUCCAGUUGCGGUUCAGGAGCAGCGUCAGAAACACGGCACACCGAGACAGAGUUGGCGAGCUUCGUGAGCAAGGCAUAGGUGGGCUAGAUAGUCACAAGGUCACAGUCAGGGUCGACAGGAAAGACAGAGCCUAG